AUGUUUCUUAUGUAUUAUCUUAAUGAGAAAGGUGAACGUGUCUACACGUUCAAAAAAGUUGACCCAGCAGGUAAUCCAACACAAUCGGCUCAUCCAGCGAAAUUUUCACCGGACGAUCAAUAUUCUCGUCAACGGCUUAAACUCAAAACUCGACAUCGUUUACUGUUGACACAGGGUCCACUUCCAAAUAAAACAUCGAUUGCGACUGAUGUUUGUUCUCCCGGUGGCUGUGUAUGUGGUAUUAGUCACAGAGUUAUUAAUUGUGAUAGUAAAGGAUGGGAAAACUUAUCUAGUCUGGAGUUUCCUUCUCAAGUGAAUACAUUAACACUUGUGGCUAACAAACUUCAAUUUGAUCGAGUUGAAGACAUUGAAAAGAUUAAUAAUUUAACAAAUUUAAUGGACUUCAGUUUGAAUCAAAAUCCACUCGGCAAAAUUCCGUCGUUUCAUAUCAACAAUUUGCAAUCUCUCUCAUUAAUAGAUACGUCACUAACAUCUGCAGAAUUUCCUCCAUCGUAUAACAAUUGUCCUUUGAAAGCAAUUACAUUGAAUGAUAAUAAACUUCGAUCGAUUAACGAAAAUGAUUUUGCUGUUUUGGAGAAUUCAAAAUUACAUCGGUUACAUUUAGAUACUGCAAGCAUUUCGAAAAUCGAUCAGAAUGCUUUCAGUGUAUUGAAACAUCUUGAUUCCUUAUCGUUGAAACAAAAUCAGUUGAAAUCCGCUGAGUUUCUGGCGAAUCUUCCUCGACUCUCGUCGAUAAAACUUGAUGGAAAUCAAUUUACUUCACUUCCACCGCAAUUAUCAAUUCAGAAAACGAUGAGAAUUGCCUCAUUGACAUCAAAUUCUAUCACAAACAUCGAUGAGUCGUCACCUUUACAUACAUGGUUAAUGAAAAAUUGGACGUCGAACCGAAUUUACUUAGCUAAUAAUCCUAUUGAUUGUUGUUCAUCCUUAUGGUUUAUUCGUUUUCUACAAAAAACGCCUGAAUUCGUUGCAGAUCGAUCGCUGUUAAAAUGUGCCGCACCCACUAGUCUUGCUGGACAAUUCUUAUUGGAUUUGAAUCCUGAUCGACUGAAUUGUGGAGAUGAACCACCCAAACACUCUUGGUGGACAAUCGGUCGAAUUCUCGGUAUUCUUGGUGGAAUUAUUGGCAUAGUCAUCAGCUUUAUUAUCAUUUGCAUUGCCUAUCGUUAUAUUCGAUAUCGUCCAUCACAAUCCGGUUACACAGAAAUCGAUGAUCCAUAUGUAAAUGUUGAGAAUACAUUACCCGGUGGACCGGUAUUUCCAAAUUUGCAUGAUGAUGAAGUAGAUGAUCGUCUGUCGACAUAUACCUACCCCGAUGGAACAAGAAGUUAUGCACAAACUCAUUCAACAGCUGACGGUGUUUAUGCUGUUGAUCCUAGUCAAACAGGAGAUUCUGUAGUUGAAAGAACUGCUCUUUUAAGUCGCCCUCAUUGA